AAACGCUCCGCCCGCCCGACCGCGAGCUCUGCGUCGACGUCGCCUCCCUGCUCACCGCUUCCUGUCGCGCUCUGCACACAUUUCUGUCUUGUCCCAACAUCUCCGGCGUCCCGGCUAGACAAGCCGCGAGGACAGCUGCCAUCUACGUCGACACGGCCAGCGCGUCCAAUCGCAUCCUACUGCCUAUAACGUGUACACAUUCCUCGUCGGAACCCAAACUCAGAGUUUCCUCAUGUAUGAGCGAGGCGUUUCUGCGUCUUGUCGUAUCCUCGAUCGUCUACGGACUCGAGGCACCUACACACUGGUAGUACUCUCCCUUCCUUCGACGCAGCAGCCUCUAUUCUGCGAAGACUCAUCGAGAACAGCCUUGCACGGUCUUCUAGGGCAUACUGGACGAACACACGGAUUCUGCGCUGUACAUCAAUACCAUCAUCUUCGCCGUUAAGCAGAGCGACUCCUCUCAUGGCGUCUUCGCCUCUAGCUCAUCCAUGCGCAAGCGUGCCAUGUACCUCUCCGAGCCGCACACCCUCCUGUCGAUAUUGAGGUUUUGGUGGAGAGAUGUGUGGGACGGACAGGGCGGAGUAGGAGCAUUUAUACGAUCGAUAGCUACCAACGCGCCGCAUAUACGGCGAGACCGCAAGGUCCCAGCUCGCAGCAGCCCGCUAUCUCCGGUCCCUCGCCCUCGUACGUAUACCCAUCUCUCUUUCCUAAGCCCCACUCGCCUCUGCACCUUCGUACCGAGCCCGAAACACACAACCUCAUCAUCGAAGCUGGUCGAGCGCACUGGUCGAGCGCACCGCACCCCCGACACCUGGAAGAACCCACCCCGCGCAUCCGUUGUCCCGCCCGACACUCAACAGACGCGGCGCGUCUGCCCGUCAUCCCAUCCGACACCCCAACUCCUACUCAGACGGGAACUGGCUACAGGGCACGCCCGUCUCGCCUGGGCCCUGAUAUGCGACGGCAGCACCACGUCGCCAAUCUCUCACUGCACUGACCUUGAUGGAAUCCCACCGGAAACGGAGUGCGCGUCGCGCGGUCCGCCUCGGGCACGGCGCGCGCGAGCCCGCGGAAGACAAUGCUCAGCGGCCCUUGGUAGGCAGUGAACUCGUCGAGGUUGAUAUAUUGCUUGAGCGGUCAGCUACAACCUACAGGUUUGUUCAUUAGCACGCAGAGAUCUUCAACGGUGUGUUUGUCCUGACAACCGCGUCCGUCGGCUAGUCUGCUGGGCGUCAAGUCUCGUUUCUAAUGCUGUAUUCUAGCCUCACGAACAUCGUCCUCGCGCAUGCUCCUCAAUGUGUCAGUGUUUCCAUCAGCAGCACUCCUGGCCCCGACACGUCAUCGUCUCCUUGUGUGCACUUUAGAUAUACACGCUUUAGACAUCGUUACUGUAAUAAUCUUGUUGCAACGACCAUAGAGUUGCGUUAUGAGAACUUGCAUAGAGGAGGACUUAAGCAGUGUUCAGUUUCUUUCACUUGGAUUACGUUUUGUUCCCGUUGGCAAACCCGAAGAACGGAUGUAG